UAAAGUUUAAAUAACAAAAAAGUAAAAAACAAAUUUGAAAUAAAAUUACAAAUCUAUUAAAAAUCUCAUCUCAAACAAAUACAGGGGAGAAUACCAACCUCUUGUUUUCCACCUGUCCAUUUAUUUGCUUGGACAAAAUCUGCCGACAAUCAAGCAAUGUCUCUCGAAAUAACUCGCAUCAUGUUUCAAAACUUUCACAAUCUUUAAAUUUAAUGGUGUUGGAGAAGAUUUGUUACUAAAGAUAGCUUCCAUAACACCCUCCAUUCUUCCUUGCAUGGAGUUCCUAUAACCAAACCUUUGGCCAAAAACCAAAGUUUACCCAAAAACCUCCAAAUAUGAAACCCAUAUGUUGCUUUCUUUUCCUCUCCAUCUUCAUCUUCAUCUUCUCAUCUCCAUCAUCAUCAAUCCCAUUAAACAACGCCUUCACCGCUGCAAUCACCCGCCGCCACCUGAGCGAUACUCCAAAAGAAAUAGAUCCGCCACCGGAUGAUGAUCUAGCUUGUGAGAUUGAGACUGAUGCCCGUUUAAAUUUCCCUAAUCCCAGGCUUAAAAAAGCUUACUGCGUCCUUCAACAAUGGAAGAAGGUAAUCUAUUCCGACCCGGAAAACAUGUUGAGUAACUGGGAAGGUGCAGAUGUUUGUUCUUAUAAAGGUGUGUUUUGUGAAAAAGCUCUCGAUGAUCCAAAUGUAGUUACAGUCGCCGGAAUCGAUCUUAACCAUGGCGACAUCGCCGGCCAACUUAUUUGUCUUCUUGGGCUGUUAACCGAUCUUGCUAUCUUCCAUAUAAAUUCGAACAGGUUUUGUGGGACUAUUCCGACGAGCUUUUCCAGGCUUACGAUCUUACACGAGUUUGACAUUAGCAACAACAGAUUCGUGGGUCCGUUUCCUAAUGUUGUUCUUGAAAUGCCGAAACUGAAAUAUCUUGAUAUUAGAUUUAAUGAUUUCGAAGGUGGGUUACCUCCCGAACUCUUUGAUAAAGAUCUCGACGCCAUUUUCUUGAACGAUAAUCGAUUCACGUCAACAAUCCCGGAAAACAUCGGGAAUUCUAACGCUUCUGUGAUCGUAUUUGCGGAUAAUGAUUUCAAAGGAUGCAUUCCGAAGAGCAUUGGUCAGAUGACUAGUUUGGAUGAAGUUAUCUUCGCGAAUAAUGAGCUUUCUGGAUGUGUACCUGAGGAAUUAACGAUGCUUGAAAACAUUAAAGUGUUGGAUUUGAGUAAUAAUAACUUUGUAGGAACACUUCCGAAUGGUUUUGAAAGAUUGAAGAAUGUUGAAAGUAUUGAUAUCGGACGUAAUGAGUUGAUCGGAAAGGUGGUGGAAAGUGUUUGUACGUUGCCGAAACUGAUGAAUUUUUCGUUUUCUAAGAACUUCUUUGAUGGGCUUGAACCGAAAUGUGAAAAACCGAUGAAAGCUGAGCUUGUUUUGGAUGAUCGAGAGAAUUGUUUGCCGAAGAAACCGAAUCAGAAAACUGAGCAGAAGUGUUCGCCGGUGGUGAAUCAACCGAUUGAUUGUAAAUCUUUAGGGUGUAAAAAGCCAUCAAGAACAAGCGAUGAGGAGUCUAAAAAGAGGAAACCACGACGCCGGUCACCGCCACCGCCACCACCGGUUCAAUCUCCUCCUCCUCCUCCACCAGUUCAAUCCCCACCGCCACCUGUAUUCUCUCCACCACCUCCAGUGCCUUCUCCCCCUCCACCAACACCAUCCCCGCCACCACCGUCUCCACCACCUCCAGUCUUGUCUCCACCCCCACCACCACCGCCUGUCCCAUCUCCUCCCCCACCAAGCUUCAACGACGUUGAUAUUCCACAAUAUAUUGGUUCACGUUACCCAUCACCACCACCACCGGUGCACCCCGGAUAUUAGAGGCUAGAUCACAUUAGAGGUUAAUUUUGUACAUGUUUACCAACAUUGUUAGUAAAAGAAGAACCAUGUGUACACUAACUUUGGUUAAGACUUAAGAUACAUACUAACUAGAAGUUCAAGGAAUUGAUCAUAUGGCUACCUGUGUUUUCGUUCUUUUUGUAAGAGACAAAAAAGACAUGGGUUGGCCAUUGAGAUAUCCACAAGAAUAUGAACAAGUUGUAUUCACUUGUUAUUUUUUUAAUUGUUUCACUAAUCAGAUUCAGUGUUAAAUUUCUAGAGUUGUAACAUUUAUUUACACAA